AAAAUAGUGCUAGAGUUUUUGUUCUAACCUUCCUGAAAUUAUUUAGUAAGUGUCAGAAAGAAAUAAUAGUAUAGUUAUAACAUAUAAAAUGUUACCAAAUUGAUUUAUAAGAUUAUGCAUAUAUUUCUUUUAUUAAUAAAGCUAUAGUUGUUCUGACUACUAUUUUUCUAUAAAUAUGUUACGAUUAAGUAUUCUACAAAGUGUAAAUGGAGUAGUUUUAAAAUUAAAUAUCAACGAAAAUAGAUUUUUAAUCAAAUGUAUGAGUGAUUCAAAGAAAAGCAAUAGAACAAUAAAAAGAGAAGAUACAUCUAAACUGCAGGAUACUACAGACUCUGAUAUUGAUGGUGAUGUGCAUAAACAAAUCAAUAAUAUGGAAGCUACGUUACAAAAGAAACGAAGAGGUUCUGAAACAAAUAACUUAAAAUCUGUAAAUAAGUUUAAAGUAAUGGUAAACAUAAAAUCAGUAUCUAAUUUUGGUUCUGAGACAGUUGAGAGUUGUGAAAUACAGCAUAUUGAAGAUAAUGAAGAUUUAAAAAUUCCAACUGUAACACAUGUUCUUAGCGAAACCAUAUCUCCCAAAGUAAAAACUGCUUUAGAGUGGUGGAAGAAAGAUAUGAUUGGUAUAUGUGGAGAAGAAUAUUUUAAGACAUACUGUAAAGGUAUAUUGAACAAUAAUAAAUUAUUUCAUUCUUAUGCACAAAUGAUGUUUCCAAAGGAAGGAACUAAAAUUCCACCUUUUAUCAAACCAAUAUACUUUAGUGUAAAACCAAUAUUAGACAAAAUACAAAUUUUUGAUAAAACUCAGACAACUGUAAUACAUCCAACAUUGAGAUACAAAAGCAUCGUAGAUUGUAUUGCUUCCUUUAGCGGUCACACAUAUUUAAUUUACUGGAAAAGGUCAACGACACGGAAAACAUCGCUUGCAGCAACUCAUGACACACCUAUACAAGUUGCUGCUCAUAUUGGAGCUAUUAAUGCUUCUAAUGAGUAUUCAUCUAAGAUAGAUAAAGGUUUGGUUAUUGUUGCUUAUACAAGUGGUGAACCUGCAAGUAUUCAUGAAUUGAAGGGUGAUGCCUUACAAACAGCAUGGAGAGAAUGGUUGAGCAGGUUGGAACAGUUUCACGCAAAUUAUAAAGAAAGAUAGUUAAAAUAUUUAAUUUAUAUUUGUAAAUUAAAAUAGUGUACAUAUUAUACUACUUAUAUAUUUCACUGAACAAGUUCUAUAGUACUUUUGUAUAAAUAAAAUCAUAUUGUUUGUAGUAACAAA